GUGGCCUUCUUACAAUACGCUUUGAUGGGAAGUCAUGUUCAGAACACUCGUAAUUUGGUGCCACUGGUCUGUGGCAUCGGUCCGUGGCAUCAACCAGACAACCGAAGAUCUCGGUUACCGCGAGAAGCCACGCCAUCUUAUUGGCAAUCCAUUUGUUCAAUGGCGAUUUCUCACGCUACACGCCAGAUCCAUCAAAAUGCCCUCCGCCCAUCUCUCUUCAUCUACGCAUGUCCUACUGUCUACACAACCACCAAAUCAUGUCCUAGAGGGACUCAAACUCAAAACAUGAGUCAACUCAAAACCCCCUUCCUCUCGCGGAACCUUGAGAAGGACUACGAAGAAAAUGUUGAAACAGAAAGUCGUUCAACAACAGACGUCGACCUCGAAGACGCCCUCUCAACCAUAACCCACAAAAAUGCACGCCCACGUCGAAGGCCUUCAUAUGCCUUCCUCCGACGUAUUCUUUUCCGCUCAUGUCCAGAUCUAAUUCUCUACCUCUUCGCCCUCUGGGGAUUCCUCUCCCUUGUUUUCCAACUAGCCCAACUCUUCUUACCCAUAACACCCAUCUUCCCCUCUUACCAUGUUCGACCAACAACAUCAUCAGGGGCAAGACCCGGCACAUCCAAUACAGAAACCGACACAGUAGACGUCUACCGCCCCUCCACCUUCCCCUCCCCCUCUUACGACCUCUGCUCCUGCGGUUCUUCCAUCCGCGAAGCGCAGUCUCUAAACUGCGUCUACGACACCAUGGCCGCCGCCUGGCUUCCCCCUUACUGCCGCGACCCCGAACUAACUUCCAUCUUUGACCGUUCCGGCCCGGGAGAAGGCGGAGCAUGGUCUUACUACGCUGACAAAAACGGUAGCGUCCGUCUUAGUCCGCACCAAAUCUCCCUUUUGGCGGAUAACCACCAGACAAACGUAAAGGGGGGGAAUGUCUUUUGGGCAUCGAGAGAGUGGCAUUUGGCGCAUUGUUUGUUUUACUGGCAGAAGUUGGUGAGGAUGCGGGAUACGAAUGCCGUGAUGGAGAGGAGGUUUGAUGGGUGGCGGCAUGCGAGGCAUUGUUAUGGGUUGUUGAUGAGGAGGGAUCCGCCGAGUAAGGAGAUGUUGUUGGAGGUUGAUGUUAGGUUGAGUAGUGGGUUUGAGAUGGGUCAAGAGGAGGGGGAACAUGAGGGGCAUUAA